GAUAAAGGCGGGACCCGGACACCGGAAGUGUCCCCACAUCCCCAGAGCUUGUCUGGAGGCGAGGGUGAAGUGAUGGCGGCUUCGCUGGAAGAUGGCGAGGUGCUGGACUCGGAUUCGGAGUCGGACUCGGACUCUGAGAUGACGACCGGCGCCGACCAACAGAUUCAGCAACCUGCUCUUCCCAACUAUCCUGCAAUACUGUUUACUGCGCAAGAUGAUUUUCAACCUCGUCCAUCAUCAUUUGAUUUGAGCAGUCGUUACCAAAUCAUAGAAUCUGACAACUCGAGCGAAGACAGUGAGCAAGACUCUGAAGAAGAAGAAAGACUCUUGCGGCGAAAACGGCAGAAAUGUUCACACAGCGGGAAUGUGCGUACAAAAUCAGCGGUGAUGCCUUUUGGCACAGAUGGGGAAAGUGUUGCACCUUCUGGCAACUUUGCCAAACCGGCUGGUCGCAAAGUUAACAAUAUUUGGGGCUCUGUGCUGCAAGAACAAAAUCAAGAUGCCGUGGCAACCGAGCUAGGAAUUCUGGGAAUGGAAGGCAACAUUGACAUGGAUUCUCGUCAGUCUGAGACUUACAAUUAUGUACAGGCAAAGAAAAUGAUGGAAAAAGAACGUCAGGAGGAGGAAGAAAAGGAAAUGACUAAAUUAGAAAAAGAAUUGGAUGACUAUGUUCAGGAUGGAAAGGGCAGCAAUCGCCAGCAAGCAUGUAACCCCAACAACCUCAAGCGAAAAAGGCCUGUCAAAGAGCGUCUGGGUGAAGUACUUGAAAUGGACUAUAAAGGAAAAUGUGAUAUUACAGAAGAUGAUAGUCCAGAUAAGAUUUCUGAUGAAAUAGCACACAGACUCCGAGAGCCAAAAACUGCCUUGAUUCAAAGGGUUGUAACAGCCAUCGGGAAGAAGAAAGCAAUAGAACUCUUGGUGCAAACAGCUGAGGUUGAGCAGAAUGGCGGACUCAUGAUUGUUGAUGGCAGUCGCAGAAGAACACCUGGUGGUGUUUACCUACAGUUGUUGAAAAGUACUCCAAGUAUCACUCAAGACCAAAUAAAGGAAAUAUUUUAUGAUGAAAAUCAGAGGGAAUAUAAUUCCAAAAAAGCAGCGAAAAAGAGGAGGCGCCACAUAAUUGGAAAAAAGAUGAAGCAGGCAAUUAAAGAGCUGAAUUUGCAAAUGGAUGAUGACGCUUCACGAGAGACUUUUGCUAGUGACACAAAUGAUGCCUUGGCUUCUGUUGAAGAUACGGAAGAAGUUCAGAUGGAAAAAUCAACAUUAGAUCCAGAAGAUGUAAUUGAACUUGAUCAUAGUAAUGACCUGGAAAUAUUUUGAAUAAUGCUGAACACACUGAUAUUGCAACAAAACAAAUGUAAUUCGUAUUCCUGUAUUGAUUUCAUUGAAAUUUCCAUUUGAAAUAUGUUACAUUUAUAACACCAUAGUUUCAUUUUUGAUUCUUUAAGGUGGCAAUUGUUUGUCAACUUGUGAAUUAGUGUCUUCAUUGUUUCAGUCUAACAAUAUUGCAAAAAAAUCUAGCAUCAAACAACAUUCGUUAUGGCAACAGGUUAUUUCCCUUCAACAUUCUGUAAAUUUAACUUUAUGUACAUCAUAAUUUUCUACUCUUUCAGCCAACUUUUUAUAAUGAAUUAAAUGCAGAUACUCUUUGCCGCUCA